GAGUUAGUUAUAAGUUGGAAGGCAAUCAAAGCGAACACGUCCCAGUGCUUUUUUUUUUCUUUCUCGCUCUUCGAUUUGUGUUAAAUUUUUUUGUUCGUUGUGUUGCCGUUCGUUAUCACCAACGUUCGUUUCAUUUCACUUAAUUUUCGCUUUCAAUUCUCGAGAUUAGAACUGUUGGAUUGUGCCGUUUCAGCUGCAUUUCAACUGGUUAUUUUGGGCUGUAACAACGACCAAAAAAAAUUCUUACAUAAAUCGCAUUUCGGUUCACUUAUCGCCUGAGUGUCGUUCGUUCGUCAUAUAAAAAUGAGAGAAAUCGUUCACUUGCAAGCCGGUCAAUGUGGCAACCAAAUCGGAGCCAAGUUUUGGGAAAUAAUUUCCGAGGAGCAUGGCAUCGAUACGUCCGGCGUAUACAUGGGUGACAGCGACUUACAACUGGAACGUAUUAGUGUCUACUACAACGAAGCGUCAGCUGUAUCAAGAUCUUCGGGAGGCAAGUACGUUCCUAGAGCCGUUCUGCUCGAUUUGGAACCAGGCACCAUGGAAGCCGUACGAUCAGGCGCCUAUGGGCCCCUAUUUCGACCAGACAAUUUUGUAUUUGGCCAAUCGGGUGCCGGUAACAAUUGGGCAAAAGGUCAUUACACCGAAGGCGCUGAGUUAGUUGACUCUGUAUUGGAUGUUGUUCGUAAAGAGUGCGAAAAUUGUGACUGCUUGCAGGGUUUCCAAUUAACACAUUCGCUCGGAGGUGGUACCGGUUCCGGCAUGGGUACACUUCUGAUUUCGAAAAUCCGCGAAGAAUAUCCAGACAGAAUCAUGAACACUUACUCUGUUGUUCCAUCGCCGAAAGUGUCAGACACCGUUGUCGAGCCAUACAAUGCAACCCUCUCGAUUCAUCAAUUGGUUGAAAAUACCGACGAAACGUACUGCAUCGAUAACGAAGCAUUGUACGACAUUUGCUUCCGCACACUCAAAGUACCGAACCCGAAAUACAGCGAUCUCAACCAUUUGGUGUCGUUGACGAUGUCAGGUGUCACCACGUGUCUCCGAUUCCCCGGCCAAUUGAACGCUGAUCUGAGAAAGUUAGCGGUAAACAUGGUGCCAUUCCCUCGACUUCACUUCUUUAUGCCUGGAUUUGCUCCACUUGUAUCGCGUACCGCUCAAAAUUACCGCGCACUCACUGUUCCAGAAUUAACACAGCAGAUGUUUGAUGCCAAGAAUAUGAUGGCUGCCUGCGAUCCAAGACACGGUCGAUACCUGACCGUUGCCGCCGUUUUCCGUGGUCAAAUGUCAAUGAAAGAAGUGGACGAACAAAUGCUUGCUGUGCAAAAUAAGAACAGUAGCUACUUUGUCGAAUGGAUUCCAAACAACGUGAAGACCGCCGUUUGUGAUAUUCCACCCAAGGGAUUGAAAAUGUCAUCGACAUUCAUCGGAAAUACAACCGCCAUUCAAGAAUUGUUCAAACGUAUUUCGGAGCAAUUCUCAGCGAUGUUCCGUCGUAAGGCUUUCUUACAUUGGUACACUGGUGAGGGUAUGGACGAAAUGGAGUUCACUGAAGCCGAAAGUAACUGUAAUGACUUGGUAUCGGAGUACCAGCAAUACCAAGAAGCCACCGCCGAUGAUGAAUUCGAACAGGAAGAUGCUCCCGAGGAGGUCGAAGAGGAAUGCAUUUAAACGCACCGCCCAACUAAUCUCUAUUUUCACUAUAAAUUUAUUAAACAUGUCUCAAUUUCUUUUUGUUACUCAUUUCGAUUUUAGUGUUUCUAUUUUUCUAAAAAAAAAAGAGCAAACAAACAAAUCUCUGAAAUUUUGUAUCCUGCUCUCAACAAACAUUUUAUUCAAGUCUGUGACUAUCAAUGCCAAAAAAUGGAGAAUAACAGCAAUACAUUUUUAUAUUUUAUUCAACAGAGUUAACAAUUUCUUUAGCCCUAUUUCAUAUUAACUCAACAGUUGUCUUUAGAGAAAUUGUGUAACGAUUGCUUUAAUUUUUUUAAUAAAGUAAAUUUCGAGCUUUUUAUUUGCAAAUA